AUGAAAUAUGCAAGAAAAAUUCAAAAACUUUUUAUUUGUGCUGGAUUAUUACAUUGUAUAGAAAUAUUGACUAUGAAUUUCAUGUUGACAUUAUCAAAUAUUCCUUGUGUUCACACAAUUCGUUCUUUAGAACCAUUAUUAGCUGGUAUGCUAGUAUAUUUAUUUCCAAUGCCGAAUAAAACUAACGAAAGCGAUAAAGAUUCAAAAAUCGAUAAUAUUGAACGAUGGAUUGGUACUAUUUUAAUGGUAUUAGGUGCUUUAUUAGCAACAUGGCGCAGUGGUCAAUGUUAUUUAUUGGGUAUAAUCAUUUUUCUUGGUAUAUUAACUAAUCUAUUUAUGGUUAUUCGAAAUAUUUGUAUUCAACAUAUCACUGUAGAAAAUGACGAUAUUAUAUUUACACAAAUAAUUUUAUACGGAAUCAGCACUUUAUUAUCAUUUCUAUUAUUAUUUAUAAAUGAUUUUCCGUAUUUAUCAGUAAAAAAAUAUAUGACGAUAUUAUGUUUCAUAGGUUUAUGUAGUUUUAUUUAUAAUAGUACAUCAAUAAUAGUAUGUAGCAGAGUAUCACUAGUUUCACAUAGUUUAUUAACGAUGUUGAAACGACCGACAAUUAUUUUCGCCUCAAUUAUUUAUUUUGAUACUCAAAUAAGUUUAAUGAUGAUUAUUGGAAAUAUAAUUAUUCUUAUUGGAAUAAUAUUAUAUAAAAUAAAUAUAAUAGCUUUAUUAUCUAUAUCCCGUACAAAAUUAUAUAUUAUUAUUUCAAGUUUAAUUUUAAUAUUUAGUAUAGUAAUAAUAUUUCCACCAGUGCAUAAUUAUACAAAUGUCAAUGAUUCAUUACGUAUUAAAAUGGUUAAGAUGAAUAAAGAUUUUCCAUUAUUUUAUUGGAGACAUGCUACGGGUGUUGAUAAUUUCGGUGAUAAAUUAUCUGACAUUCUUAUAAAAUUAAUUGUUGAUUCGAAUCUAUCGGUAAUCACGAGUGAUAAACCAUAUUCAUUGUGUAAAAAGCCGAAAUUAUUAGCCAUUGGUAGUAUAUUUAAUUUCGCAUGUCGAAAUGAUGUUAUAUGGGGUUCUGGUAUUUUAGAUCCUUCUCAUUUUCAUCCUCGUUUAAAUUCGACAUUAAAGCAUACACUUGAUAUAAGAGCAGUUCGUGGUCCGCGGACAAGAAAUAUCCUUAUAUCAAAAUUUAAUCUAAAUGUACCAGAAGUUUAUGGUGAUCCAGCAUUAUUAUUACCUUAUUAUUUAACAUCAUAUAAAAAAUUGUCAAAACCAACUAUUCCAAUACUUAUCAUAUUACAUCAUGCAGAUGUUAAAAAUAAGAGUAUACAAUUUGGAUUAAAUGGAAUAGUAACAGCUAAUGCAUUUGUACCCUGGAAUGAAUUGUUAAGUUUAAUUGUUCAAAGUAAAUUAGUGAUAUCAUCAUCAUUACAUGGAAUAAUUGUAUCAGAAGCUUUUGGAAUAUCUGCCAGACUAUUGAAAUCACCGCACUUUAGUUUAUUUAAAUUUUAUGAUUAUUAUGAAAGUACCAAUAGAACUCUUCGAUAUGCAACUACAAUUGAUCAAGCUAUUAAUAUGGGAGGAGAAAAAUUACCAAAUAUUAAUCUAAAACCAUUAUUAAAUGCAUUUCCUUUUGAUAAAUUUGUCACUAAUAAAAAUUCAUAA